CGGGGUCGAGGGCAGCGGUUAGGGGUGGGAGUUGGCGCUGCGAGGCGGUCGGGGCCGCCGAGCUGCGAUGCGGACGGGGCCGCUGCGGUGAGCGGAGCUGCUCCUCGACAUGAACUCGCUGGAGCAGGCGGAAGAUCUCAAGGCUUUCGAGAGGCGGCUCACUGAAUACAUUCACUGUUUGCAACCUGCCACCGGACGCUGGAGAAUGCUUCUUAUAGUGGUGUCUGUCUGUACUGCGACUGGUGCCUGGAACUGGUUAAUAGAUCCUGAGACACAAAAGGUGUCCUUCUUCACGUCGUUAUGGAAUCAUCCGUUUUUCACCAUCAGCUGUAUCACCUUAAUAGGGUUAUUCUUCGCUGGCAUACAUAAGCGUGUAGUUGCACCAUCAAUCAUAGCUGCUCGAUGUCGAACGGUAUUAGCAGAGUACAACAUGUCUUGUGAUGAUACAGGAAAGCUAAUUUUGAAACCUAGGCCUCACGUUCAAUGACAAUCUGUACUCGUUGUUGUGGGACUUAUAAAAGCCUUUUUUCAACAUGUGAUACAGCAAAAAGCCAUAAAGGAUUCCUUUACAGCUGGAUAUGUGAAGGUCACAGCACCGACGGACGAGAAGUGUGCAAUAUUUCCCGAUGGUGGUGAACGCGCGGUGUCAGUGCUUUGGUACCUUGGAUUACCUGUGUGUCAGUAUUAGUGUCACUUUAGUACUUCAGAUCCUGCGAAGAUUUUUUGCAGGUGAAGUAUGUAUGUAUGUUACUAAGUUAAACUUAGAAACAGAACCUCAUUCAGUUUUUAUAAUGUAUUUUUGCAAACUACUGUAAAUAGCAAAUCAAUGCCAAUGUUCAACAAAGAGGAGGCUGUUGUGUGGACUGUGUUCUCCUGCACCAGUAUUUGAGGGACAUCUGCUUGCCACCCCAGCCCUUUCCGCCCGGCUAUUAUGUGUGCCUCCCAUUCCUGCACUGCUCUCUCAGUCCUCCUGCGGGAGUAUCCCCUCCAGCUGAGACUGAGGGACCGUCAUCUCCAGUUAUGCCCUAAGAAAUCACAGAAGUUUCAGGAAAGUUUUUGUUAAACCAGAUAUUGAAUCCAGCAACUAUUGUCAUUACAUUUGUUUAGUUCAUUGCUUUCAUUGAAUGCUUAAUGUACUUUAACGACCAUCGCAGAGGCUUCUGAAUAUACAGGUUUAGUUAGAAAUUAUGUUUGUCCGGGAAUUUGAUCAUCACUGUUUGAGGUAAUUGGGUUUUAUGCUGUGGUUGACAUGUGGUUACACUAGUGUUGCCAAGGUGUAAUUGAUUGUCCUGCUCCCUCCCCAGGAUGCCAUGGGGGUGGUGCCACCAACCAGAGUCUACAGUUCUCACUGUUUAGAGAGUGUUAAUGACAUACUGUGUAUGCAUAAUAGCCACGUGUACAAUAAUAGACCUUAAAAUUAAACUAUUGGGAUUGCUGUAAAUAUUUUAAAGUACUGGAGGUGCCUUUUACCUGUUUAUUAGAAGAUUUUGAAAGAUUUAAAUUAUUUCAUGAGCAAUCUUUUAAAUUUCAUUUAACAUAAAGCUCAAAAUUCAGUAAUAGGACAAAAACUUUUUAACAAGGCUGCCAUCUAACUGAAAUGUGUUCAUGUUGGCUUUCCCAUGUAUAAUAUUUUAUUAUUUUGAAUUGCAGCAAUAAAACCCUCUGCUCCUGAGAAGUCUUAAGAGGGUAUUCUAUAUAUCCUGCUUUGUUUUAUUUCCUGUAAAUUUUGUAGGUAAAUAUGUGCAUAAAAAUAAAUACUUUAUAUAU